UCUCUUUGCCCGGACGCCUGGGUCCCCACGGCGCUGGAUCGUCGCCCACAAAAGGCGGUUUGGAACCUUCUCCUCCCCCCACGCCUCGCCCGGACGCCUGGGUUCUGAGGAGGCGCCCGCAGAGAAUUCGGACCCUCCCGCGCCUAAAGGAGCCGCCUUUUCGCCGCCCGGACGCCUGGGUUCCGCUACUUUCCUCCGGGAGCAGGGGCAGGGAAGAGCAGGGAGCACCCCCCCCCCCGAUUCCUCUGCCGGCUCCGCUAUCCUUCAUCCCUGCCUCUCCCACCUCCCUCAGCUCUCUCUCCAUCCCUCCUUUCUCCCACUUCCUCAUUCCUUCUUUCCUCAGCCCCCUCACUCCUUCUUCCAUUCUUUCGCUCUCCUUCCUUCCCGCUAGUCCUCCUUCCCCAACUCUCUGUCCCUCCCUUCCUCCGGCCUUAUGUUCCUCCUCGUAAACCAUUCCUCCAUUUCUGCCCCUUUCUCUCGCUCCUCCUCCUCCUCUUAAACUCUCCUUCCUUCCCUGACACACUCUCUAUCCCUCCCUUUCAUCCUCUUAAACUCUCCCUCCAUUCCCCCUCUUCCUCAAUCCCUCCUUCCCUGAUACUCUAUCCCUCCCUUUCAUCCUCUUAAACUCUCCCUCCAUUCCCCCUCUUCAUCCCCGACACUUUCUUUAUCCCUGCCUUUCAUCCUCUCAAAGUAUCCUCCAUCCCUCCUUCCCUGCCCCCCUUUGCCCCCGUCCCCACUUCCCUCCCUGCCCUCCACAGCCCCGGGGUGAGGAUGGCGUCAGCUCCAUUGCCAGCCCUGCCAGAGUGGAAGCUGCAGCUGCUGGAGAGGAAACGGAAGGAAGAGGAAGAGGCACGGCGCAGAGAGCGGGAGCAGCAGGACCGCAUGGCCAAGAUGCCAGCCUGGAAGCGGGAGAUCAUCGAACGACGCCGGGCCAAACAGGGCUCCGGUGCCUCCUUCUCGGACACGGAGGGCAGUGGUGGCGGAGCAGGACCCCCCUCGGCUGUGGCGGGGCCGCCCAGCCCCGGGAUGGGCCAGGAGGAGAGCACCGUGCUGCAGGAGAAGAUUGGCCCGGUGCACCAGAACCCCUUCAUCCAGCUGGAGAAGAGGCGCAAGGAGACGGUGGCGUCGGAGGCCGAGCCAGCUGGUGCCAAGGCCAAGCAGUUGAUGGAGCUGUACAGCCAGCGCCCUGGGGUGAGGACCCUACGAGCCGACAACGUCAUCAUCAUUGAGUCAGUGCCGGGAGCGGCACCGCCGAGGCCCGAGUGGCAGGGGGAGGCCAAAUCCGGCAGUGUGGAAUCCCUGAACGAGCUUCUGGCCCGGCGCGGCGGGAGCGUGACCGAGAUCCGGGCCGGCGAAGUCUUCAUCGUCAAAUCGGCCCUCAGCCGCAGCGUGGAAGACCUCAACUCCUUUGGCCAAAGCCACAGCGAGGCCGAUUGCCAGCAGGGGCUCCCGGAGCAACGCCGCGGGCGUGUCAGCAAGCUGCUAAGCCGCUUCGGCCAGGAGGACCCAGCCCUGCGCCCACUCAGGUCCCUCAGCACCGAGAACCUUGCCGAUGGUUCCUACGAACGCCCCCUGGCAACAAGGAAACCGUCUGGCUCGGCCCAGCACCGUAGUGGCACACCCAGCCCUCCCCACGACCUGCCAGGCCUGGCCCCCUCACCGCCUCCCUUCACCGUGGCUUCCUACCGCAGCCAGUUCGAAGCCAAGUCUGAGGCCUGGCCAGAGAGCCCUCCGCGGCGCUCACCCACCGGCAAAGCAUGGGGCAGGGAGGCUGUCUCGCCAGAGCGGGGAGCCAGGCGUGAUGGUGGCAGCCCUGGCACGGUGGUGCCGGGUCCUCGGAGCAGGGAGGCCAAUUCACCGGAUAGGGGAGCCUGGCACUGUGGAAGCACAUUGGCCUUGGUGCCAGGGCCUCAAGGCACGGAGGCCACCUCGCCAGAUAGGGGAACUAGGGGUGAUGGCUGUGCCAUGGCGCCAGGACCACGAGGCAGAGAAGCCGCCUCACGGGAGAGGGGAGCCAGGCCUGGUGGCGGUGCAUUGGCGGUGGGGACAGGCCUACAAGCCAGAGAAGCCAUGUCACCGGAGAGGCGUGGCAGUGGCUUGGGUGCGGUGAUACCAGGCCCGCUGGGCAGAGACGUCACCUCUCUGGACAGGGGUGGCAGGGGGGACAAUGGAGACGCCUCAGCCUCAGGCCUGCCCAUCGACGCCAUAUUGGAUGCCGAGGCCCAGGCCAAAGCUGUGGCCAGCCUGCGUCUCCAUUCGCGCAACUCCUUCGUGGUGGUGCCGCGCCGGGCGGCCGCCUCCCCUCCCCCAGACCCCGGCGAGGUUCGGCAGGAAACCAGCACUUCUCCUCCAAAGGCUGCCGCUGCUCCGGCCUCCACUUCCUCCUCCUCCUCCCCCAGUCGCGAGCAGCUUCCCCUCCCGGCCAGCGCCGAGGAGCCGGCCGAGGGGGAGGCCAUGAGGCGCGGGGGCCGGGGGCCCCGGGAGCUGGGGGGCCCCUCCGCCCUGCCCCACCCGGCCGUGCAGCGCCGGAGCGGCAACACCAUCACCAUCAAUCCCCGCAAGGCGCUGGUGCCAGCCGUAGAGAACGGCGUGGAGAGUGAGGGGGGUCCCACGGCGCUCGAGAAGUCUGCCAGCGCCCCACCGAAGAAGCGCUACCCCACUGCAGAGGAGAUCCAGGUGAUCGGGGGCUACCUGUCCCUGUCGAAAUCCUGCCUGGCGAAGAAUGACCCCCACCGCAAAAAGUUGAAGAUCUCGUUCAGUGAGAGCCAGCUGGAGCGCACCUUCCAGUACCCAUCCGAGGGGUCCCUGCUGGAGGAGUUUGGGCCCCCCGAGGAGUCGGACGUGCCGGCCUGUGCCAACCCCCACGGGGAGGACGACGAGGAAGAGGAGGAGCUGCUGCUUCUCCAUCGCGGCCUGCCGGGUGUGCUCAGGACCAAAUCCCUCAUCGUGGAUGAAUCCUGCAGGCGGUAACCCCGCAGAACCCCUCCCCCUUAUGGUGGGGGGACGGGGCAGGUCCAGAAGGUGCCCUGCCACGACUGGGUCCCGACCGGCCCCUUCUCUUUCGUCUUCCAGUAAAAUCUCAGCAAGAACAAGGACUGGAGGGAGGUCGGCUCCAGUCCCCCUGGCUGUGGCUAGGCCAGAGCAGCUACCGUCCCAUUUGACUGCUCCCCUAAGGUCCAGCAGGAGGGAUGAGACCAACAGAAAAACAGCAUCCAGAGAGCCUUCAGGAACAAACCCACUGCAGCCAGCAGGGGGCACUCUGCACCACCUGGACUGUGCUGGGAGAGCCCAUUCUCACUGCAGCCAGCAGGGGGCACUCUGCACCGCCUGGACUGUGCUGGGAGAGCCCAUUCCCACUGCAGCCAGCAGGGGACGCUCUGCACCACCUAGACUGUGCUGGGAGAGCCCAUUUCCACUGGAGGCGCUCUGCAUCAUGUGGACUUUGCUGGGAUAGCCCAUUCUUACUGCAGCCAGCGGGGGGGCUCUCUGCACCACCUGGGCUGUGCUGGGAGAGCCCAUUCCCACUGCAGCCAGCAGGGGAUGCUUUAAACCCCAUGGACUUUAUUGCCACCGAGAGGUCACCUGGCCUACCUUCAGCCAAAGGUUCAGGCUAUACCUGAAGAGGGUAUAGAUGGGGGAUGGCAAAGAAAACCGACCCCCCACCAUACACACAUGCAUUUUUUGUAACUCUUGAAUUCUUUUUCUAGAGGGCAUCAUCCAGAAGGGAGAACUUUUGUUUCCCAGGUUUUACUUCCUAAUAAUGCUGCUGGUGUGGUCAGAGUUAAGGGGAUUGUAGUUUAGGAGGGAAAGGGGUGGGGUUUAUUUGGGAGGGGAGGGUUCACUUUGUUACUUGAUAGGGUCCAAUCAUAAUUGCAGAGAAGCGGAUCACUAUCGGAGGGCCAGGCAAUCUGUGACUGGGGUGGAGCCAGUUGAGAUUGAGACGGAGCCAGUCAGUAUUUAGAGAGUGGGGCAAAUUGCUACUUUGCAUGGGGGGGACCAUUUGCAAGUGUUCUGGAGCUAGUUACAGAUGGGGCCAUUUUAUGUACUUUAGGCAGGACUAGUUGUGUUUGGGGGAGUGGGGCAGUAUGUGGUUUAGGGGUGGGAGGUGGAGCCAUCCAGGAAUUGGGGAGGGACCAGCUGUGACUGGAGGUCGGGGGGAGGAGAUGACUGAAGCGGAGGGCAGGCCAACGGUGUGACUUCCUGUUUUAGCCAUCCCACUUCUUGUGUAGGUGGAGCAAAUUCACCACCUUUCAUGGGUGGGGGAGGGGGGUUGUGUCAUUCAGAGCCUCUGAUGGGCAGGAGUGAGAAUGGAGGGACAGUGGAAUUGGAUGUGUGGGGACUAGAAUGAGGAUAGAGGGAAUGAGGAAUGGGAUGAGUGGGGAGGGACAGAUGGAUGAAUGAGCCCCUCCUCUGUGAGUUUAGUUCGUUUUGUUAUUAUUAAUUCAUUUUCCUUUGCACUGGGGAUAGCAGCUGCAUCCUCGCCCGGGAACGAGGGUGUGAGCGAAUGAACAAAUGUGGCAGGUUCCUCCCCCUGCCUAGGGAGCAGGGGUAGAUGUGUGGUCACAAGGGAGUGGGGCUAAACGAGGCAUCAGCCCCCUCCCAUUUAACUCCCACCCUGCUCUGAGCAGGAGGCACUGAUGCUGCAUCUGAGUGCUGGCAGGGGGACGGGGCUGCAUCCGGCCAGUUCCAAUAGUGUUUUUUUAUAUAUAUUAUAAUAAUAAAACAGAAAGAUGUUGCACGUGAA